AAUGAUUUGACAGAACCACACAAUUAGUUCAAGAGAAAAAUAGUUUUUGGCUUUCUGAAAUACAAAAUUGCGUAAAAAAUUCAUUCUAUGUUGGCGAAUAUUAAAAAAGCUUUUAAAUGGGGAUCCCUCGUAAAAAAAUCAGAAAAUAAGAAUUGGCAAUCGUCACUGUUAUUGGCAGCUUUUGUUGGGGUUCUUGAAGAUGUUUUAUUUUGGAAGAAUAUGUGGUUAUCUCUUAUAUUUAUUUUCAUUUUCAACAUUAUCUAUUUCAUAUGCCUUCAUUUAGAAGUAAAUUUCAUGGAGUUCAUAUUCUAUCUAACCACUGUAAUAGUUGCCCUGGAUGGUUUCGAAUCUUGGUUGAAAUACAAGCACAGAACAACUUGUUUAAAGAAGCUUGCUAGCCACAAUGGAACUAAGCUUAGCUCUGCUGCAUCUUAUUUAAAGCAGUGGAUGAAGAUGCAUUGGUGUGAAUAUGUCUAUUUAAGAGAAACUAAUCAUACUAAGGCUUUCUUGAUGAUGAACAUAAUCUUGGGUAUGAUUUUCCUUGUAGGGAAAUACUUUAGUGGAUACAAGUUAAUGUAUAUUGUGCUUAUGGUGACAUGUCUUUUUUACAAGAUAGCUAAACCAGUUGUUACACUUGCUCAUAAAAUACAACAAAAUGCAGAAUCAGAUGGUGAAUUAGAAGGUCUUAUUCCUGAAAUCACCGAGGGAGACAUCAAGAUACUGUCUCUAGAGCCUGAGACCAAACAUGUUGUUGAUGAAAGGCAAAGCCUAGACUAUUGGAAGCCAGUAGAUGUCCCUAUGGAAGACAGUGACAGUUCUGACCAUAGCAGUUCUCUUGUUACCAAUAUGUCAGUAGAAAAAAUGCAAGCAUUUGAAAAAGAAGUGGAUAUAACAGAUUCCAGUGAAGAUGAGUAUAUACCACUAGUUCAGCAGAAGCAACUUCCUUCUACAUUAGAGGAAGUUCAACCAUCCGGGACCUGGGGUGGUACAGCUUACAAUGCUUUCUUCAACUUCGCAGGAGCUGUCUCCAAUAUGGUGUAUGCAUCUCAGGAAGAAAAUAAGAGGAAGCGCAUGUCUAGUAUAGACUCUUCAGAUGGCUUUGAAAUUAUUGAUAAGAGUGACUUAAAUUAAGGACAUAUCAAGUUAAACAAUACCAGUGACUUAAAUUAAACUAUUAUUACUAAAAAAA